UAUAUUCAAUAAUUAUAGAUUUGCAAAACAAGUAAAAAUGUUUAUCAAACUAUUGUUAGUCUCGUUGUCUUUGGCCGUGUGUUUGGUGUCCGGCGAAGAAGAGGUGGACAUUACAAAAGGUCCGCCCGAUUACGACAAGCCAUGGGUUGAGGGCUGGGGUUUCAACAAGAGUGACCACCAGUGCUGGAAAAAGCAACAUGAGCAUAUGCUCAAACAGACCAAAGAGCAUGGUAGUAAGAUCAAGGUGCUUUUCUUUGGCGACUCCAAAACAGCCCGAUUCCUGUCUGAGGGCAAAGCCGUUUGGGACGAACACUACGCCAACAAAGGCUGCUAUAACUACGGCGUGAGGGGUGACAGCACUCGGCAACUGUUGUGGCGAAUGCAUCACAAAGAGUUUGAAGGACUCGCACCCAAAAUCACCAUUUUAAAUGUUGGCGGCAAUAAUUUCAAGAGUAAUUAUAAUAGAGGAACCGAUGACGAGAUAAUAAAGGCAUUCAAAGCGAUAAUAAAAGGUUUGAGAGAAAUGAUGCCAAAGAGUGAACUCGUAAUAGUGGGAGAGUUGCCCCGCAAAAGCAAGACCGACGAGAGGGCCCGAUAUAUAAACGAUGCACUCAUGAAGGAGUAUAACGAGUCGAGCGAUAAAAUGAUACAUUUUGUCGAUAUAUUUCCCAAAUACAGGACUAAUAAAGACAAACAAAAUCUCAAACUUUUUAUUGACGACGGCUUUCAUCUCAAUGAAGAGGGAUAUAAAGUAUUGGCUCACAUUCUGGACCCCAUUAUUAAGAAACUUCUUAAAGAAUAAAUUUUAUACACAGAUAUAUUUUUGAAAUAUUAUAUUGUAGAUUAAGUUUUUCCACAAAUUAAUAAAUUACUAUUU